AUGGGAUCCUAUCCUAGUUGUUUGUGCUGUCCCUAAUCUUAUUCUAAGGGGAAAGAAAAUAAAAUAACAGAUAAUGAACUUCAUUUGACUUAAUUUAAAUAAGCUGUUUUUAAUUAAGCGGUGCAAAUCAGUCCGGAAGAUGAUUCUUCUUUACUCUAAAUUAUGGCAACCUAUGAAUAGCUCGUGAAUAAAAAAUCAAUAAGCACAGCAUUAAAUUGCUCCUCGAAAAUAAGAAGUCGCUCCAUUUCUGUAGAUAAUAAAUAUAAAGGAAUUACGAUAAGUACUAAGCAGUAGAAAAAGAAAAAAAUACAGUAUGGCAGAUCUCUAAGUGCAUCUCAAUAUAUUAACGAUUCAUCAAAAUUAAGCACAACUUAAAAACCGAACAGCAUAUUAAAAAAAAGAUCACACACUCAAGAAUCUCAAUUCUAGAAAAAAUCAAAAAAUAAAGUUUCAUUUCUACCUUUUAUUUUAUAAUGUAAUUCUAAAAAGUUGAUUGAUAUUUUUUGA